AUACACUCGACUACCAACUAGUACAUACAUACAUUCCACGGGACUCGCCAGAACACACCUCCAGGCCCAGUUCUAGAGCCAUCGACAUUCCUGACCGCAAUCCGCUGCCUCCCUUGGAACCCAGGAACCUGCACCAGCCUCGUCCCCGUAUAUAUGCCACUCGCCGCUAUUCAGUAACAGUAAUAACACCAAUCGAUAAUCGCCAAACACCGUUCGCUCGCGCGCAACAGUCACCGUCCGACUCAAUCGCAACUCCAACACGCGCCUGUCACGAACAAUUGUCCCCAGACCGCCAAUUGCAACCUCCAAAAUGGCUCACAAUCACGGGCGCAAGCACCGCCAGGUGCCUCGCCAAUUCGACCGCCAUCGGCACACCUCGGAGGAAGAGGAAUUCGACUUUGCGACCUUCCUCUCCGUCGUCAUCCAGACCUUGGGAGCGCCAGUGACAAGAACCCUGGGAGAGCCUAUGACAAGAGCACCCGCUUCUACCAUCACCCAGGACCCCGAAGAACCCGAAUCGACUCGAAAGCCACAACCCAAACCUACUAGCUCUGAGGAACAGGAAGAGCGAGUCACGUCUACCGCGCAGCCUAGGAGCCCAUCCGCCGCAAAGCCAACCUCCGCUGCCCAUUCCUCCUCGAUCAACUUCGAUGAGACCAUCAAGCCCUCGAACACCCAGGUCCGAGCUGCGUCCACCAUUUUGGUGGCCUCCUCAUCCCCUGUCAUUACUGAGGCCUUGAUUUCUGCUACCGCAGCGUCGUCUCCUUCAGCCUCUGCCACUGCUGACCCAGCGGCGAGCGGUGAGAUGUCCACGGGCGCGAAGGCUGGUAUCGCUUUGGGAGUCCUUCUCGUAGUGUGUGCGCUUCUUACCGGAAUCCUCAUCUUGUACCGUCGCAAGAAGAGCCAGAUGCGUGAUCAGGAGGUGGCCAACGAGAAGCCUCCUAUGCGCAACAUGCACGAUCUGCCUCCACCACCCAUCGUAACGCCUCCUCCUGCCGAACCCGCCCCCAGCAUUCGUACUCAGCGUACCAUGUCCACCGCUCCUCGUCUUAGCCUGCGCCCCGUCACUCAGUUCGAUCCCACGUUCUCUGAGAACCGCAAGAGCGGUGGCAACCUCCUCGGUGUUGCCAGCGCCGCCGCUGUUCCUCAUCAGCGCGCUCCUUCCCCUGAUCGCCCGAGCAGCUCCUGGGAGCGUCCUGGUGCCGCGAAUGUUUCUCCAACUGGCAACCCUUUCAAUGACCCGCAGCCACUGUCUAGCAGCCCACCCCAGGACCCGUUCACAAACGCCGCUGUCAUUGAGACCCCUCGCUCUCUUUCUCCCGGUCCUCCCAUGUCCGCCAACAUGCCUGACGCAAGCGAGUUCGCUGCUGCGGCUGCUGCAGCGCCUGCUGCCGCCGUUGUUGCUGCUGCUGUUCCAGUUGCUUCCCGAAACGCCCAACAGGACAAGGAAAUGCCGCCUCCCCCGCCCAUCGGACAAGAAAAUGGCCCUCUCGCUAGCCCUGCUUGGACCGAAGACUUCCCUGCAUCUCCUGGCCCAGCUCCUACCGGUCCUCCCCCUGUUGCUGCUCCUAACAAUGUCCACCGCGUCCAGCUCGAUUUCAAGCCUUCCAUGGAGGACGAACUUGGUCUCCGUGCCGGUCAGUUGGUGAGGAUGCUCCACGAAUAUGAUGAUGGAUGGACUCUCUGUGUCCGCAUGGAUCGCUCCCAGCAAGGUGUUGUCCCCCGAACAUGUCUUUCCAAGCACCCCGUCAAGCCUCGCACUGGUCCUCCUCGUCAGCAGCCUCCGAUGCGUGGCCCCCCUCCCUCCGGCAUGCCCCCUCACGCAGGUGUUCCCCAGCCUCGUCCUCUCUCUCCCGCCAGCGGACGAAGCUCGCCACACCCACCGGUCCUCUCGCCUGCGAAUGGCCGCAUGUCUCCCGCUCCCCGUUCGAUGAGCCCCGGCCCUAACCAGAUGCCUCCCCAAGAGGGACGCGCCCGAUCAAACAGCAACGCACCUUACGCAGAGCCUCCUCGCUCCAUGAGCCCUGGAUUCGGACCGAUGCCUCCUCAGGGUCGUCCUCGCGCGAACAGCAAUGCUCCGUAUGCUGGUGCUCCUCGAUCCAUGUCUCCUGGCCCGUACGGCGGUGGGCCCCAGCAGCUCCCGCCCCCUUCGAUGGAGAUGGGACGCCCUCGAUCAAACUCAACCGGCCAGGUCGCCCGCCGUGGCUCGCCACCUGGCCCGAGCCCCAUGAAUCCUAAUGCCAAUUUGCCGAUGCCUUCAAGAAAGCCUCUUCCAGGCCAGGCACUAUAAAUAUUUUCAUGAGGAAUGAUCAUGGCUUCGAACUUCUUCUUUUGUUUGUUUUGUUUCGAGACUUCAUUUCGAUUUCCUUGUAGGGGUCAUUGCGAUCUCUAGUUCAUAUCUACUUGUGGCGA